AUCCGUGUAAUAUAUUUACGAGGGAGUUGGCAUUUUUAGGUUUUGGUGUGAGCCAAUAGAAUGGCCUCCACGUUGCAGUCCCUCCGCUUUCUAGCUCCUGCCUCCGCCGGUCCCGGUGGCGGCAGCUUUGAUGCUCUCAAUCGCAUACUUGCAGACCUCUGCACUCGUGGCAACCCCAAGGAAGGCACAUCAAUGGCCUUAAGAAAACAUUUGGAGGAGGAAGCCCGUGAUCUUAGUGGAGAAGCUUUUUCCCGUUUCAUGGAUCAGUUAUAUGAAAAGAUUUCAAGUCUGCUAGAAAGUAACGAAGUUGCUGAGAAUUUGGGAGCCUUAAGAGCUAUUGACGAGUUGAUAGAUGUGGCACUUGGCGUUGAUUAG